GAGCGGAGCAGCGGCACGGGAACGGAGCGGGCCGCGGCCGCACCGAUCGGACAGGCUCGGCUCGGCUCGGCUCGGCACGGAUCACAUCGCACCGGUUCGGUUCGGCCCGGCCCGGGCCGCCCUGCGCUGCGGAGGUGGGAAGGCAGCAGUAGCUCACUAUGGCCCUGGCAGACAACACAGGCUGUGCCAAACCCAGCGAGGACUUCCCCUUCCCCGAGAUCAUUGAACUCAAUGUGGGUGGACAAGUGUACAUCACCCGACACCCUACCCUGGUCAGUGUGCCCGGCUCGCUCCUCUGGGAGAUGUUCACCCAGAAGAACAUCCGCUCGCUGGCCCGGGACAGCAAGGGACGGUUCUUUGUGGAUCGGGAUGGGUUCCUCUUCCGCUACAUCUUGGAUUACAUGAGGGACCAGCAGCUGGUGCUGCCCGACCACUUCCCUGAGAGGAGCCGCCUGCAGCGAGAGGCAGAGUACUUCAUGCUGCCGGAGCUGGUGAAGAUGCUGGCCCCCAAGCUCAGCAAGCAGAACUCGCUGGGAGAUGACCCAUGCCAAAGCGACCCCGAGGAGCUCUCCCCCAGUGCGGAUGCCACCCGCACCCUGACCUCUGCCAGCACCACGCUCCCCAGUGCUGUGCCCGGUGGCCCCGGUGGUGCCGUCACCACCGGCACGGGUGCUGCCAGCAGCGAUGGGCGCAGGGCAGGUUUUAUCACCAUCGGCUAUCGGGGCUCAUACACCCUGGGCAGGGACAGCCAGACGGAUGCCAAGUUCCGCAGGGUGGCUCGGAUCAUGGUCUGCGGCAAGACCUCGCUGGCCAAGGAGGUGUUUGGGGAUACCUUGAAUGAGAGCAGGGACCCAGACCGGCCCCCGGAGAGGUACACCUCCCGCUACUACCUCAAAUUCACCUUCCUGGAGCAAGCCUUUGAUAAACUGGCCGAUGCUGGCUUCCACAUGGUGGCUUGCAACUCCACAGGCACCUGUGCCUUCGCCCAUGACCAGACAGAUGACAGGAUCUGGACCUCUUACACCGAAUAUGUUUUCUAUCGUGAGUGACACCAAAAACACCCAACCCCACACACACCAAACACCAACUCUCCCUCUCCUCUCCUGUUUCCUAGAAGGUAGACAUCCAACCCUGAAUCCCAGCGUCCUUUUGAGUUUGUUCUUGGGUUUUUCCCCUCCUCCUUCCUCCACGUUGAACCUGCCCAGCUCUCCCUUGUAGCCGUCGACCACCAACCUUCUUCCCUCUCUCCGACUUCUGCAGUAGCUGCCUGUAGCUCCCAACCCUCCCUGGAUGUGUGGACUUGGACACUGUUAUGUACUUGUUUGGGUGGGAGGGGGGCAUACACCAGACCAUGCUCUGGGCUGGGAUUCCUGCAGCUGGAUGAGCUUGUCCGUGUUGGAUACUGAACUUGGCUCUCGUGCCCUGUGCGCCAGGAACAUGCUGCGUACACUGUAUUUGAUCUGCCAAUGGGUUCAAGGGAGAAAACACUGGGUUAAGGACAUGCAAAAAGUGGGAAGCA